UCGAGUUGGUUUGGGGAAACUUCCUUUGACCAAGUACCUCUUAAAUUUUGCAGCAUCAGAAUAUACGUUUUCAAAAGGCAUAUGGCGGACGUUUUAUAUAUUUUUGCAUCGAAAACUGAUAAAUUCUUUUAGUUAUGAGUAUCUUGUGACCGCUAGAGCCUAUUUGUUAAAAUUAGCUGAUAAACGUUAGUUUUUAAAUGUGUAAAUAAGUCUAUUAUAUCUAGAGUCUUGUAAAUAUUGAUAGUAUUUUCAUGCGUGGACGUUUUUAUCCGUAUUGAAAAACGAAAAGUCUGUGAUAAUAAACAAUACCUUUAGGUGAUAGAAUAAUUUCCUGAACACUUUUGUAAAUAUUGUAAAGUUAUUUUAGACUUUUAGCAAAGUUAAUAUAUUGAGCGAAGACUGAAGAAUUGAGUGUUUGAUCUGAGACUUGCGAGCUAUGUCAGCUGUGAACCUAUUAUCGUCUUUGAAAGAGAAACCUCACGACGAAAGCCCAAAGGAUGGCUCUAAAUACGAAGGGGACGAGGAGUGCGUCGCGGCGAGCGGCGGCGGCGACCCGGCGGUGCUGGCGGUGGGGCCGGCGCGGCGGCCGCUCACCUACACGCGGGAGCAGCUGCUGCGGCUGCGGAACUCGCCGCUCGUCAAGGCCGGCCUCGAGACCGCCUUCGCCGGCUGCGAGGCCCUGGCGCUCGUGCUGAAGAGACGAGCCGACUCGCCCAACGAGGAGGACAAGGGAGCUAGGGGGGAUGCACCAAAUGAGAACCAUAAGGGUGUGUACGGUCGCGAGCGCGAGCGCCGUUCAGCGGACCCUCGCGAGCGGGUCCGCAAGGAGGGCUCUCCAGGCGGAGGCAUCGUGCUGUCCCCGCAGCGGCGCUCCUUCACGUCGGGCUGCGGCGCGCCCGCCGCCGCCGCGCCCGCCGCGCCGCCGCACCUCGCCGCGCGCACGCGACCUGACUCCCCGCUGUCUGCUGCGCACGCCGCGCACGCCGCGCCGCCCGCCAAGCCUGAUACGGGGCUCUCUAGGCGGGCGUCGUGCUGUCCCCGCAGCGGCGCUCCUUCACGUCGGGCUGCGGCGCGCCCGCCGCCGCCGCGCCCGCCGCGCCGCCGCACCUCGCCGCGCGCACGCGACCUGACUCCCCGCUGUCUGCUGCGCACGCCGCGCACGCCGCGCCGCCCGCCAAGCCUGAUACGGGCGGGCGUCGUGCUGUCCCCGCAGCGGCGCUCCUUCACGUCGGGCUGCGGCGCGCCCGCCGCCGCCGCGCCCGCCGCGCCGCCGCACCUCGCCGCGCGCACGCGACCUGACUCCCCGCUGUCUGCUGCGCACGCCGCGCACGCCGCGCCGCCCGCCAAGCCUGAUACGGGGCUCUCUAGGCGGGCGUCGUGCUGUCCCCGCAGCGGCGCUCCUUCACGUCGGGCUGCGGCGCGCCCGCCGCCGCCGCGCCCGCCGCGCCGCCGCACCUCGCCGCGCGCACGCGACCUGACUCCCCGCUGUCUGCUGCGCACGCCGCGCACGCCGCGCCGCCCGCCAAGCCUGAUACGGGCGGGCGUCGUGCUGUCCCCGCAGCGGCGCUCCUUCACGUCGGGCUGCGGCGCGCCCGCCGCCGCCGCGCCCGCCGCGCCGCCGCACCUCGCCGCGCGCACGCGACCUGACUCCCCGCUGUCUGCUGCGCACGCCGCGCACGCCGCGCCGCCCGCCAAGCCCGACGCGGGGCUCUCUAGGCGGGCAUCGUGCUGUCCCCAGCGGCGCUCCUUCACGUCGGGCUGCGGCGCGCCCGCCGCCGCCGCGCCCGCCGCGCCGCCGCACCUCGCCGCGCGCACGCGACCUGACUCCCCGCUGUCUGCUGCGCACGCCGCGCACGCCGCGCCGCCCGCCAAGCCCGAUGCGGCUUGGGCAAGUGUGCUGCAGAAUGCCGCGCGCUCGCGACUUGAUUCCCCGCUGUCUGCUGUGCACGCCGCGCCGCCCGCCAAGCCUGAUACGGCUAGGGCCAGUGUGCUGCAGAAUGCCGCGCGCACGCGACCUUUCCCCCCUGACUCUCUUAGAAGUGUCCCUUCGGUGCGAGUGCGCUGCGCGCGCACGCAAUCUAGUUCCCCGCUGUUAUCUGCGCACGCGCCGCCUGCGAAACCCGACACUGAAGUGUCCUUUCGUCGCGAGUGCGCUGCGAGCGCGCGCGAUCUGGUUCCGCGCUGUCAGCUGCGCACGCGGCGCUUCCCACGAAUUGCUACCAGGGCGGGCGUCGUGCUGUCCCCGCAGCGGCGCUCCUUCACGUCGGGCUGCGGCGCGCCCGCCGCCGCCGCGCCCGCCGCGCCGCCGCACCUCGCCGCGCGCACGCGACCUGACUCCCCGCUGUCUGCUGCGCACGCCGCGCACGCCGCGCCGCCCGCCAAGCCUGAUACGGGGCUCUCUAGGCGGGCGUCGUGCUGUCCCCGCAGCGGCGCUCCUUCACGUCGGGCUGCGGCGCGCCCGCCGCCGCCGCGCCCGCCGCGCCGCCGCACCUCGCCGCGCGCACGCGACCUGACUCCCCGCUGUCUGCUGCGCACGCCGCGCACGCCGCGCCGCCCGCCAAGCCUGAUACGGGCGGGCGUCGUGCUGUCCCCGCAGCGGCGCUCCUUCACGUCGGGCUGCGGCGCGCCCGCCGCCGCCGCGCCCGCCGCGCCGCCGCACCUCGCCGCGCGCACGCGACCUGACUCCCCGCUGUCUGCUGCGCACGCCGCGCACGCCGCGCCGCCCGCCAAGCCUGAUACGGGGCUCUCUAGGCGGGCGUCGUGCUGUCCCCGCAGCGGCGCUCCUUCACGUCGGGCUGCGGCGCGCCCGCCGCCGCCGCGCCCGCCGCGCCGCCGCACCUCGCCGCGCGCACGCGACCUGACUCCCCGCUGUCUGCUGCGCACGCCGCGCACGCCGCGCCGCCCGCCAAGCCUGAUACGGGCGGGCAUCGUGCUGUCCCCGCAGCGGCGCUCCUUCACGUCGGGCUGCGGCGCGCCCGCCGCCGCCGCGCCCGCCGCGCCGCCGCACCUCGCCGCGCGCACGCGACCUGACUCCCCGCUGUCUGCUGCGCACGCCGCGCACGCCGCGCCGCCCGCCAAGCCUGAUGCGGGUCGCCGCAUAGGAUCCGGCCGCAUCAUGGUGCGCGACGUGCCGGCCAGCGGUUGGGAAGACAACGAGUAUCGCGACCGCGUGGCCGAGCCCUACCGACCGCCGCGCGACCGCGACAACCGCGCCAAUGGAGACAGGUAUGACCGUCGGUCGUUCAGCCGAGACUCCUACUCCUCUGACAUCAAGAGGGAACGGGACGAUCGAUUCAACAACGAGAAGGGACGCGACAGAGAGGACAACCGUAGAUCUGGUGGUCGCUUCUCUCAACGCCGAUUUGAGAAGGAAGAUGAACCCGAAUGGUUUAGUGGAGGGCCGACAUCUCAACACGACACGAUCGAGCUGCGCGGUUUCGACGAACCGGUCAAGAAGAAUGGUGCAACGAACAACAAAGAGACUGACAAAUGGAACAACAGUGGCGGCGCGCGGUCGCCGGCGGCGGAGCGUUGGCGCGAGCCCUCGCCCGCACCGCCCGCGGAAUCGCCCAACACUAGCAAUGACAAGGAUUCCGGCGUGGAGUCGAAGGCGGAGGAGCCGGCGGCCAGCAACGAGCAGCCGGACUUCAACCUCGACGAGUUCCUCAAGUUCGACACCAUACCUGACGUGCUCACGAACGGCACCGGGGAGUCCGAGGGUGGCAGCCGAUUCAGCCGCUGGUUCCGCCGCGAGAGCCCCACCAACGACGCGCGCCACUACGAGCGAUUGCUGCACAACAUGGUUGACGACCUGGACGAGCCAGUGCGGCCUACGCCGGGCACGCCGAGCGCUGAAUCGCACGUGUUCGCGCCGAUCUCGCCGCCCGCGCACCCGCGCCCGCCUUCUCUGCUGGACUUGUUGCGACAGGCCAACGCGCAUAUUGAACCGCACCAAGGCAUGGGCGUGAACUCAGGCGUGGGCUCCAACGCGGGCAAGAUGCAGAGCCUGGAAGAACUGGAAGCGCGUUUGAGGCCGCAACACCCGCGCGCGCACCCGCCGCCCGCCGCGCCCGCACCCGCCGACCACGAGCUGGCGGCCUUCAAGCGCCUCGUGAGUAGACUCCCCCCCCGGCCGGCUGCGGAGCCUGGAGCACCCGCGCCCGCCGCGCCCGCGCCCGCCGACCACGAGCUGGCGGCCUUCAAGCGCCUCCCCCCCCGGCCGGCUGCGGAGCCUGGAGCACCCUCCCCCGCCGCGCCCGCGCCCGCCGACCACGAGCUGGCGGCCUUCAAGCGCCUCGUGACAGAUAGAAAUUCGGCCAACGACCCCAAGCUACCCAUCCUUAUCGCCCCCACCGCGCCCGCGCCCGCCGACCACGAGCUGGCGGCCUUCAAGCGCCUCGUGAGUAGACUAAGACUAGCGCCCGCGCCCGCCGACCACGAGCUGGCGGCCUUCAAGCGCCUCCUGGCGCAAGUAUCUGGAGGACACGCGGUGCCGGCGGCGCCGGAGCGCCAUCCUCCGCCGCAGCCGCAGCCCAUGAGCCUGUUGCAGAUGUUGAACAAGAGCAUGGAGCAGCAAAAGGCCCAGCAGCAGCAGCAGCAGCAGCAGCCGCAUAUCCCGCAGGAGCUCCUAUACAAGCUCCUGCAGGUACAGCAGCGGCAGCAGCAGCAGCAGGCGGGUGAAAUGGGGCUCCACAGCGCUGACCGCGAGCUCUUACAGCGGCCUGAAGCGCAAGCGCUUGUUCACGGCUUGAAGGCAGGCGAGAUCACGGUCCAGCACAUCAUGCAGCAGCUCAGCAACCCGGGCCUGCAGAGCCGCCACCGCGACGUGCUGCUCACCAUCCUGCGGCUGCAGCACCAGCGCCAGAUGGGCGGCUCGCCGCUGCCCAGCGUGGGCGUGGGCGCGGCGCCGCACCUGGUGGUCCCGCCGCACCACCAGCCGCUCCGCCUGUCGCCGCUGCCUCACCCCAGCGAGUAUAAUGGCGUACCCGCACGUAUCCCGUCGCCGCGAGAGUUAGCCGCGCAUACACAAAGCAUCAUGCAGGGAGCGCUCAUCAAGAAGAAGCUGGAGGAGCAGCGCGAGAACUACCGCCGCCGCCACGAGGCGCCCAAGCAGCCCACUCCCAUCUCCUUCACGCCCACAUCUGUGUUGCGCAAAAUGACCGCCGAGAAAGAAUCAGAGGCGCCCAGCCCAAAGCAACAGUGGGCGCAGCCGCCCAAGAUGCCCCAAGGGCGGCCAAUCGUCAAGGGAAACCAGAGUGGAGCGGCACCAAUGGGCUACGGUCAGUCACAGUCCGAAUACCAGCAGCACUAUCUUAACCAACAGCAGAUGGUCGGUGGAGGACGUCCAUUUCCUCACCCACAGCAAAGACAGCAAGUACCUAAUUCGUACAACAACAUGAACAACAUGGCGCGAGGCAUGGUCGGGGGCACCACGCUGCAGCAGCUCCUCGUGCAGUCCCACCAGAACCGCCUCAAUGAAAUGGGCGGCGGGUCCGGCGGCGGCGACAACCAGCUAGCUCGCUGGUUCUCGCCGGAACUUCUCGCGCGUGCGUCCGCCGGCAAGCUGCCUUCAGUCCACGUGCCCAACGCGCUGUCGCUCGAAGACCUGGAGCGCCACCACCACUCGCCCGCGCCUCCGCUGCGCAACUGAGCCAACUGAGCCAACCGAGCCACCGAGACGACCGCUGAGCUGAUGAGCACCCACCACUACGAAUAACCGCGCCGAUACGCUCUAAUUUUGCACACAAAGCUUUAUAAGUGACUUGAAAGAUUGAACUGUCUUACUAGAAAUCAAAUCAAUAGACAUGGAUAGUUUGAGUGAUAUUCUGCUUUGUGUGCAAAAUUGACAAGUAGUAUUGGCGCGGACGAUACAGGGCUGCGAUCGGUAGCCGGAUGUUGGUCUUUUUUGCUAGUUUUGAAAUCGAAUCGGGAUUUCUACCGUGUAAUGUAUCGCUCGUAUUCGGUGAGAUGUUACGAUGAGCUGUUUUAUGUUCCUGUUUAAAGAUGUAAUGUUGUGCAAGAUAGGAAUUCCGGUUUGAUCUAGUUUUAGAUUGAUUGAAGUGUUUGAACGGAUGAGAGUAAAGUAUCGGCGGGCCGAAAACAUGGCGGUAUUAGAACGAAUGAAUUUUCACUGACAAGAAAUGUUUUUGAUUGGUAAAAUUCACAACGCGCGAGCGUAUUUGACGGUGUAAUUGUGUCCUUUAAAUUCGGCUACCGGUUGUGAACUCACCCUGUAUACUCGGUGACUACUAUCGCCAGUCAUACAUAUGAGCCCUUUCAGAUCCUAUUGUGAUGUUGUGAUUUUGUUGAAAAAAUUCCCAGUACUUUAAA